UUUUUUAUCUUUACUCCCUUCCUCGGUCCUUGGUAGAUUUUGAAAUAUAGGUCCUCCCUUCCCUGGGCAGUACAACCGAUGUACUCUGGAAAAAUUGAUACUCCAUUCACCCCCCCCCCCCGUUCCUGGAAGUGUACAAUCGAUGUACGUCGAAAAUAUGGGUCACCUCUCCUCUACCUGGGAACGUACAACCGAUGUACGUUGCAAAAUGGGUCUCCCCCCCCCCCCGGGUGGGGUACAGGGUUUGCCCGUUUACCUCCAUGCACCUCCUCGUGGUGUACCCUGGGCAUUGCCAUAUUUAUAUGGCAAUGGCUAA